AGAGCGAGGCGUCGUCUCUCAGAGCAAACAGGUGGGCCGGUCGGUACAGCUGCAGUCACACUUCAUCCACAGGAUACCCUACCGUGUUUUCUCUCCGCUAAACUCACACAUACAGCUGCGACAAGAUGCCAAAGUGUCCAAGGUGCAAUAAGGAAGUUUACUUCGCCGAGAAGGUGACAUCACUGGGCAAGGACUGGCACAGGCCCUGUCUGAAGUGUGAGAAGUGCAACAAGACGCUGUCAUCAGGCUCACACGCAGAGCAUGAUGGCAAGCCGUACUGUCACAACCCCUGCUACAGUGCAAUGUUUGGACCUGGAGGUUUUGGACGUGGUGGAGCCGAGAGCCACAAAUAUUAAAUGAAAGGCUCUACGUUGCCUGGAAACUAGACUGAAGAAGCCAGCAUUGCUCACGAGUCCCAAUAAAAACCAGCAAACAAACUGUGCUCUCAUUCAGAAGAAACAUUUUGUGUGCAUGUGUUUUUAUUUUGUUUUUGAUUUCUGGUUUCUAAACAUGAUUGCAUAUUCUCGUGAUGUAGCAAUGAAAUAGUCUGAUUAAACACUUGUUAAAAUUU